ACUGAUCUUCCGAACAAUGCGUUCCUUCAUCAUCUCCUCUGCUCUCUUGGUCAUCCUUGUUCAAUGUGGAUACCCAGUUGCUGAGAAUAGCUAUCCAACUACACCAUCCUAUCCAACACCACCACCAUCCUACCCAACUCCGAAGAAGUACCCAGUCGCUCCAACAUAUCCAUCCCCACCAGCUUAUGCCCAGAAGCCAUCGUAUUCUGCUCCACCACCACCAGCUCCAUCCGUCUACUCCUCCAGCUCGUUCAGCGAUAACGAGGUAGCAUCGGACUCUGAGUACACCACUGCUUCUCCAAAUUCUGAGUACCGCAAACGCGCCAAGGCACGUACCGCCCACAAUCGCAAAUUCCAACGUCGUGCUCUCACCCCAAUCAGAAGAUUCCAACAGAAGAAACAAUAAAUUGCUAUGUGAUUGAAUAUAUGCUUUUGAAAAUGAAAUAAACAUUUUUUAGAUGUGA